CGCUGAUACAACAGUAUGGGGACGGAACGGGACUGAACAUACCACACACGGUAAAUAAAUGUACUGUACUGGACACUGGAUAUACUUAUCAAACAAAAGGACUACCGGACAAUAGGAUGGGUUUGGUGGAACACAUUUACCCUUACCUCGCGGAGGCAGAUUACUUGAAUCCUUUCGUCAAACUAAAAUUCGUGGGUUUCUCCUUUGUAUUCUUCUCAGUCCUAUACCUUCUAUCCGCCGCGCUAGGAUCCCUAACGAAGACGUACGGAAACCUCCGCCAAAAGGAGAAGAUCUUCUGGAACCUGGCAGUAGUCCGCGGGGCGUAUGGACUUUUCUGUAUUGUCGUUGGAAUAUGGGCUAUUUUCUACGACACAGAGCUUUUAGAAGAUGCAGUGUUUUCCACGACCCCAACAAGCUACUUUGCUUUAACAACAACUGUCGGAUUUUUCGUGUUUGAAUGUGGAACGUUACUGAUUUCUGAUAUCGUUUACAGGAAAGCCAGUUUUCUAUUAAAUCUUCACCACUGGUUAUCUCUCAGUGGGUACUCGUUACUCUUGUACCUGGAAAGUACACACUGUUUUGGUACAAAGGGUCUUAUCCUAGAAAUGAGUACGCCAUUCUCUGGGAUCUGCUGGACACUGCUGAAGGCCGGUAAGGCACAUACUCUUUUAUGGAAGGCGAACCAGUUCCUGUUGGUUCACACUUUCCACCUACGUUCUGUGGCAGAAUGCUACAUGUGGUACCUGACCUACCAGAACUGGGAGCGAAUCUGGUCCGCCAUGCCAACCGCCAUGUUUAUUUCUCUGUACACCCAGCUCGUGCUUGUCACGUUCCUUAUGACGCCGUAUUGGACUUAUAAGAAGACGCAGCAGAUGAUUACCCCUGUCGACUGGAACUUCGAGGACUCGGACAAAAAUAAAACGACGAAUGAUUCAGUCACCAAGAAGGCCGUUUAAAUUCCUAUGAACAUAGAACAGCGGUAUGAUAACGUCUACAGCAACGACGUCAGAUGGAAUAUCAAGGGACACUUCCUAUAAUUGGUCAGCCUCUUUACAAUCAUGGAAACUGUAACAUUUACACUGAGCGGAUGAUAGAAGUUGACAAUGUUGACUAGCAUACUAUUUUGAGGUGUGCUUUUGGUAUGUUAUGCCGGUGAAAUAUUCUGGCCAAUACUUAUACUGUGCAAUAAUUAUUAAUUGAUAUACAUGUACGUGAUAUUUGUCCGUGGUGCACUAUCGGUAAACUGAAUCCAUUGUGAUGAAAAUUAAUGAGUGGAAACAAAGUGAGGAGGUGGGAUGAUAUUUUGUAAUUUGAGGGAAUUGCCUUUUCUCACUUCUAUUUCUCUUAAUACCGUAACCCAGGAUAUUGAAAUAGUGUAUAUGGAUACAACAAUGGUUGUGAAGUGGUGAGAGUUAGUAAAGAUGUAUGUUGUCAUAACGGUGGCACAUUUUUUCAUAAAAAAUGUGAACCUGUCAGUAAAUCAGAAUGUAUAGAAUAUAUGUAUAGAAAUUAAUGUGAACAUGACGGUUGAUAAGAAAUUUUGGCUAUGGAUCAGAAUGUUUGUUUGAUGUGAACCUACGUUAUAGGAUGUGCACCCGGCGAUUGGUCAGAAUGAUAUGCGUAUAUAAGUAGAUGUGAACCUAGAAACAGAUCAAAAUGUUGUGAGUAGAUGUGAACCUAAUUGUGGUUCAGUGAUAUGAGUAGAUGUGAACCUAGAAGCAGAUCAGAAUGUUAUGAGUAAAUGUGAACCUAGAAACAGAUCAAAAGGAUAUGAGUAGAUGUGAACCUAGAAACAUAUCAGAAUGUUAUGAGUAGAUGUGAAAAUAGAAAUAUAUCAGAAUGUUAUGAGUAGAUGUGAACCCAGCAACAUAUCAGAAUGUUAUGAGUAGAUGUGAACCUAGAAGCAUAUCAGAAUGUUAUGAGUAGAUGUGAACCUAAUUGUGGUUCAGUGAUAUGAGUAGAUGUGAACCUGUCAGUGGACCAAAAUGUUAUACAUUUUGAAUUGUAUAUGCUAUGUUAUGUGAACUUCUUGUAAAUGUGUACCUGGGAUAGCUUGAAAUUUCUGUAGAUGUGAAAUUAGGGUGGAUCGAAAUUGUUAUGAGUAGACGUGAACCUUUGGCGGAUUGAAAUUGUUAUGGGUAGAUGUAAGCCUUGGGCGGAUUAAAAUUGUUAUGGGUAGAUGUGAACCUUGGGCGGAUUAAAAUUGUUAUGGGUAGAUGUAGGCAUGAGGAUGGAUUGAAAUUGUUAUGUAUGCGUAUAGGUGUGAGCCUAGUGGUAGAAACUAGUACGUAUAUGAUAACGUAUAAAUCUGACCAUGAAGUGAUGUAAUAAAAGAGACUGGUGACUAUUUCCUACUAUCUGAUGAUGACAAGGCAGCAUACCUAGAGUAGUACCUAACAUACGUGUCAGACAAGGCUAUCGGUUUAUAUGACCGGGCGAUAUUAUCUCACCAAUACUGUAAUUCGGUCAAGCAGCUAUUAUAGCUGGUGACAUGAUCUCCUGUCUGUGCUGAUAUACAUAUGAAACAAUGAUACUUAUCAGGAACGAAUAAAGAUCAGAUCGUUAUCGAGGAAUGUUUAAUGCAUUGUGACAAAAAUAUGAUGUGCAUGUUCUGGGAAAGAACUGUAUAUAAACUGACCCGCAGCUUUCAGUAUUGAAUAAUGAGUGUUAAAUUAUUUGUAGACUAUUUACAAAUUUAUAUUGUCUCAUUUUGUAGUUAUGAUCAGUAACUGGCAUACACGUGAAAAGAUGUCAAUUUUUCUAAAUUUUCAGAAUCGAAAAUAAAUGUUUAAACAUUA